UAUACACAUAUAUCGACGUGGAAAUCUAAUCAUGAAAACCUGUCCGAACAUUGCCAUCUUCUAACGCUAACUCUCUCUUGUUAUAUAUAUUCUCUUCCACUAUAUAUACCCCUUUAUCUCAUUUCAUAUUUUCAUAUCAAAAAAAAAAAACAAGCCCCACACUACACUACUAUUCCAUUGUUAUUAUAGAUACAAAUAAACCUGGCCAUGGCCAAUCCUCACAAUCAUAAACCCUACUUAUUAUUUUCAUCAAAACGACCGCUCCAUCUAGUUGUCCUUUGUCUCUUCUUCGUGUCGUUUUGUUCGAACAAUGGCGUCGAAGCCCGCCAGCCCUUUGCUUGCGACCCCAGAAACGGCAUCACAAAGGGGCUGAGGUUCUGUCAGACGACACUGCCGAUUCAAGUGAGAGCUCAGGACUUGAUUGGACGGCUGACAUUGGCGGAGAAGAUCAGACUGUUGGUGAACAACGCUAUUGCGGUGCCUAGGCUUGGGAUUCAAGGGUACGAGUGGUGGUCGGAGGCUCUUCAUGGGGUGUCCAACACCGGUCCAGGCGUCAAGUUUGGUGGUGCCUUCCCUGGCGCCACCAGUUUCCCUCAGGUCAUCACCACCGCUGCUUCUUUCAACCAGUCUUUAUGGCAAGAGAUUGGACGGGUAGUGUCUGAUGAAGCUAGAGCAAUGUACAACGGAGGACAAGCUGGUUUGACAUAUUGGAGCCCAAAUGUAAACAUAUUCCGGGACCCUAGGUGGGGCCGGGGCCAAGAAACGCCCGGCGAAGACCCCGUCGUGGCCGGAAAGUAUGCCGCCAGUUAUGUCAAGGGACUCCAAGGUAGUGGGCCAGGAAAUAGGCUUAAGGUUGCUGCUUGUUGCAAACACUACACAGCCUAUGAUCUUGAUAAUUGGAAUGGUGUAGAUCGGUACCAUUUCAAUGCCAGGGUUAGAAAGCAAGACUUGGAAGACACCUAUGAUGUACCAUUCAAAGCUUGUGUGAUGGAAGGAGAUGUUGCCAGUGUAAUGUGCUCUUACAAUCAAGUCAAUGGAAUACCCACUUGUGCUGACUCUAAUCUACUAAAGAACACAAUCCGAGGUCAAUGGCACCUCAAUGGGUAUAUUGUUUCAGAUUGUGAUUCUGUUGGUGUUCUAUAUGAUACUCAGCAUUAUACUAGGACACCAGAAGAAGCAGCAGCUGACACCAUUAAAGCAGGUUUGGAUUUGGAUUGUGGGCCGUUCUUAGCAAUUUACACCCAGGGAGCUAUAGCUAAAGGCCUAUUGAGCGAGAAUGAUGUUAACAAUGCACUUGCUAACACAAUCACAGUCCAAAUGAGAUUGGGCAUGUUUGAUGGUGAGCCAUCAGCCCAACCAUAUGGAAACUUGGGCCCAAAAGAUGUGUGCACUCCAGCCCAUCAACAAUUGGCUCUUGAGGCAGCCCACCAAGGCAUUGUUCUUCUUCAAAAUCGUGGCCUAACCUUGCCACUCUCCACAACGCGCCACAGAACUGUAGCUGUCAUUGGGCCCAAUUCUGAUGUCACUCAAACCAUGAUAGGAAACUAUGCUGGUGUUCCUUGUGGUUAUGUAACGCCGCUACAAGGAAUUGGAAGAUACGCAAAGACCAUUCACCAAGUAGGGUGCGCAGGCGUUGCUUGUGGCGACACCCAACACUUUGGUGAUGCAGAAGUAGCAGCCCGGCAUGCCGAUGCGACUGUCUUAGUAAUGGGCCUUGACCAGUCCCUUGAGGCCGAGUUCAAGGAUCGAACUGGGCUUCUCUUGCCGGGCAACCAACAAGAGCUCAUUUUAAGAGUAGCUAGGGCCUCUAGAGGCCCAACCAUAUUGGUCUUGAUGUCCGGUGGCCCAAUCGAUGUUUCAUUUGCCAAGAAUGAGCCUCGUAUUGGUGCCAUUCUUUGGGUUGGAUACCCUGGCCAAGCUGGUGGUGCUGCCAUUGCUGAUAUUGUAUUUGGUGCCAAGAAUCCUGGAGGAAAGCUUCCAAUGACAUGGUAUCCCCAAAGCUACAUAUCCAAGGUGCCAAUGACAAACAUGGACCUUAGACCAAACCCAUCAAGUGGGUACCCAGGCAGAACAUACCGUUUCUACAAAGGCCCAAUUAUUUUCCCUUUCGGAUUUGGUCUCAGCUACACUUCAUUUUCUCACAAACUAGUAGAAGGCCCAACACAAGUCUCAGUGCCAUUGGCCAGUUUCCGUUCUUCUACAAACUCAACAAUGUUAAGUAAAGCUGUUAGAGUCACCCACACCAAGUGCGAUUCCCUCUCUUUAGGAGUCCACAUCGAUGUCGAGAAUAAUGGGCCUGUGGAUGGGACCAACACAUUGCUUGUGUUCUCAAGCCCACCAGAAGGAAAAUGGGCCGGAGAGAAGCAGUUAUUGGGCUUUCAUAAGAUCCAUUUAGUAGCUGGAUCAAAACAACGAGUCAAGAUUGAUAUUCAUGCUUGCAAACACUUGAGUGUUGUGGAUGAGUUUGGGAUCCGAAGGAUUCCAAUGGGCCAACACACACUUCACAUUGGUGAUGAUCUCAAGCACUCUAUAUCUUUUCAAGCCGAUUUAGGAGAAAUUAAGUCUUAGAAAUGAAGACUUUCAAUAUGUUGAUAGUGUAAAAUAUUACAUAUACUUGUUUUACAAUAAGUCUCUUGUGCGUGUAAAAAAGGAACACGUGCAAGAGAUAAUUACAAGGUAAACACAAAAUAUAAGUCUCUUACUCUUGUACAUGCAAAAGUAAGGCAUGCAGAGAGAUGUAUUGUAAGCCCAUUGGCCCAAUUACAUGGCAACAAAAGUGUAAUUUUUUAAGCCCAUUGGCCCAAUUAUAUGGCAAUAAAGAGUUCUUUUUUUCAUAGAA